AGGAGAAAAGACUGGCAGAAGAAGAGGAAACCUUAUCUUGCAUCAAUGGCGGGUUCCUCUCUUCCUUCGUCUCUCCUCGGCCAAGGAUCCUCAUUACUCUUCUCUUCUCUGAAUCAAUACUGCUCACGACCAAAGCCCAAUCUACUGUUCAAAUCCGGAGAACGACGUCUUGUUCGUUGUUUCGCUAAGAAGAAAAUCAGUUUCGUGGAUCAGAUCCUCGAUUACAUCGAAGGGGGACCAAAGUUGAGGAAAUGGUAUGGGGCGCCUGAUAUUUUGCCAAAGGAUGGAUCUUUAACAGAAGAAGACCAAGAAAAUGAAGAAGAAGAAGAAGAGGUUGAUGAUGAUGAUGGAGGCAGAGAUGCAGUGUUUGUGACCGAUGGAGACAGUGAUCUGGGUCAGAUGAUCAUACUGCAACUAAUUGUCAAAAGGACUCGGGUUAAAGCACUUGUCAAGGACAAAAGAAAAGCCGUGGAAGCCUUUGGAACUUAUGUAGAGUCAAUGAGCGGGGAUGCAAAUGAUAAGAGUUUCUUAAGGAAAGCUCUAAAAGGUGUUCGUGCAAUCAUAUCACCAAGUGAAGGUUUCUUAUCAAAUAUCAGGAGCUUGAGAGGUGUAAAACAUGUAGUUCUCUUGUCUCAGUUAUCUGUUUAUGGGAGCAGCGACGGAAUUCAAGCUUUGGUGAAAAACAAUGCAAGAAAAUUGGCCGAGCAAGAUGAGACUGCUGUUAUGUCUUCAGCUGUCCCUUAUACGAUCAUCAGAACAGGGAAGCUGGAGAACAGCCCUGGAGGAAAGCAAGGCUUCAACUUUAAAACAGGAGCUGCAGCAAAUGGAAGUCUUAGCAAGGAAGACGCUGCUUGUAUAUGUGUUGAAGCUCUAAGUGUGGUUCCCCCAAAGGGUUUGAUAUUUGAGGUUACGAAUGGAGACGAGGUUGUCUCGGACUGGGAAGGGCGUCUGAUAAAACUGAUGGAGACUCGGAGUGCAGAGUAGCAGCUUGGAAUAUGAAACGAGAAGAACAACACAUGAUCAAACACCAAAUGUAUUUUACUCAUGAACAACAUAUUCUCUGUUCAUAAGGAAGAGAGUUAUGUCGUGUGCAGAUCUGAGACGGGUUUCUAAAGAAAACAAUGAAAGCUUUGAUUUU